AUGGAAUCAAAUGGGCACAUUCAACCCGUCAUCCCUGUCAGGCUAUUGGAGAGUUGGAAGGGAAUCACCGAUCCUAAGACGAGAAAGACGUUGCAGAAUCGUCUAAACCAACGUGCUUAUAGAUGUAUUAGGGGCGUCGACAGCAAGCUGCAAAGGGACAGCGUUAUAAGAGUCCCAAUAUUAAUUCACAGCUACAGCCACAGACGCAAUCAACGCAUCCUCUUCUCCCUCGCUCCCUCGACCAUUUGGAUCCAUGCCAUUUGCCGGUUGAUACUACCGAACUGUCAAAAUACGUACCCCUUCAAGAACUAG